AUGCAUCCACCCAGUGUGUUUCCUCCCGCGGACGCCGCGCGGCCGGUGCAUGCUCGCCCGUUGUGCGGGGCGGGGUGGCCUCCGUGCCGGUGUCCAAGCCAUAAGAAAAGCACCCAACAAACUACGUGUAAAUGGGGUGCCCCACACGCGACUGAUCGCGGUGCGGGGCCCGCCGGAACGCAUGUUACGCGGGCGGCGAUUGUAGUCGCGCGAAUGUCUGCUCCUUCGGCCGCCAAGUCCCUGCGGCCGCCACGUGUCGCUCCCACUGCACGAUGCUGA